AUGGGCGACGACGACAAGUGCAACAAGGCGGCGUUGGCCGCCAGUCAGAAGCAAUUCGCUUUCAUCGGCAUUGCUGUGUCCACGAUUGCCACUCUGACCGCGAUCAUCGCCGUACCCAUGCUUUGCAUGCACAUGCACAGUGUACACUCGGGUAUUCAAGAAGAACUCGCUUUCUGCCGUUCCAAGAGCACCGGACUACAAGCCGAAUUCAUCAAGUUGGAAGGUGUUCGCAGUCAAGCGCUGCGCGCCAAACGUCAGUAUCCUGAACUAUGCUGUUCAUGCGGCAUCGGUGAAAAUGGACCUGUUGGACCACCGGGAGAAGACGGAGAACCAGGUGAGGACGGCCACCCUGGAAAUCCCGGUCCUCCAGGUGAAGACGCCCCAAAACACAACGCUAUUCCUAAACGAGAAGACUACUGCUUUGAAUGCAUGCCCUCGGCAGCUGGACCUCCUGGUGUCCCUGGACCGAUGGGACCACCAGGGCCGCAAGGAAGCGUUGGAGAGACUGGAGCACCUGGACCGGCUGGUCAUCAAGGACCACCAGGACCACGCGGUCCUCCCGGAAAGGAUGGUGAGGAGGGCGAGGCAGGUGCACCUGGACAAGCGGGAACGGUACGAACUCUACCUUCACCACAAGGAGAAACGGGUGAGAUGGGCGAGAUGGGACCACCAGGUCCACCAGGCCCAGAAGGCCGUCCUGGAAUUAACGGACGUCCAGGACAACCAGGAGAGCAAGGCGACCCUGGAGCAGAUGCUGCAAACGGAAAAGAUGGUGAGCCUGGCCCGCGCGGUCCACCAGGACAAGAUGGUCUGAAAGGGUCUUGUGACCACUGCGCUCCUCCACGUACUCCGCCGGGCUACUAA